AAGCCAUAUUCUUCUUUCUCACCACCUUCUCUCCUACACAAAUCACCACCACCACCAACAGCAACGAUCCUUUUCUUCACUUUGUACAUACACAGAUUCUCACUUUUUAAAAUUUUCAAAUACACCCCCAACACCCACCACAACUCUUACUCACAAUGCCAGCUCAGAAGCGUUCUUACGACAACUCCUCCAUUCCCCCACCCGACGACGCUCAUGAUUCCCCGCAACGCCAACACGCCAACAACCACCACCACCACCACUAUGCCGAAACUAGUGCUGCAGGAGCAGCUGCUGCCGCUGCUGCUGAUGCUGAUGUGGAUGGCAACGAAUCUGAUCGAAGCCGUUCGUCUGGUAACGAGGAAAAGGACGAGUUUGUCCUAGUAAAGUUGUCUGAUAUACGCAAGGAAGUGCAAUGUCCUAUAUGUCUGGGGAUCAUUCGCAAAACACGGACAGUUAUGGAAUGCCUGCAUCGUUUCUGCAGGGAAUGCAUUGACAAAGCUAUGAGAAUGGGGAACAAUGAAUGUCCUUCCUGCCGCACGCACUGUGCUAGUCGUCGCUCUUUGAGAGACGAUCUAAACUAUGAUGCCUUAAUUGCAGCCUUGUAUCCAGAUAUUGACAAGUAUGAGGAGGAGGAAUUGGCUUUCCAAGAAGAGGAGACAACUCGCAACAAACAGAUCCAAGCUUCCAUUGCACAAACUUUCCAGCGGCAAACAGAAGCUCUUGGCCGCAAACGGACUGCUAAAGCCACAGCAGCUGCAUUUGUGAGGAGAUCAAAUGGUCGUUAUCGAGAUACUCCUCUGGGGAGGAGGAGGAACUAUCGAACAACUGAACUUCAGGGAUCUGAUGAUAAUGAAGAUGCAAAUGGAGAUGCAGGCAAUAAUUCAUCUUCUGCUGAUGAACGCUCAACAGAAGUUAGACCAAAGAGAGCCAAGAGAUGGGUUGGAGCUCGGUUUUCUCAAUCUUCAGCUGCUGGUAGUGCUGACGGAGGUGGUGAUGAAAAUGACUCUGAAGUCAAUAGAGAAUCCAUGGGUGCAUCUGCUGGACUCAUUGGCCCUUCUGAAAGGCUUGCCUGGGGCAAAGGCGGCAUGCGGUCUCACACACGGCAUGGCAGUGUGAGUGGUGGAAACGGUAAGAAUGCCCGGAACAACCGCCUCUCUAAAAUAGUUGAUUAUCUCCGGAACUUGGAGGAAAAAGAUGACCAGUUGGAUAUCCACCUUAUGCUUGUUUCUUUUGACGAACAAAGAAUCCCAAGUUUGCAACAGCCAUACCUCUGCUGCAGGCCUACAUUGUCUGUGAGGCACUUACGUCAGUAUGUUGCUCUCCAUACUGCACUGCAAGCAAAUGAAAUUGAAAUAUACUUGGUAAAAGAGUUGCAUACCAAACUCAACCCUCCAACCUCUGCAAAUUCUCCAACUUCUAACCCUAGUGUGAUAGAUCUGGGCAAAGAUAAGCUGCAAGCUUUAGAUGAGCAAGAAACUUUGGCAGGGCUUAAAACACAAAAUUUCAGCCAAGGGCAACUGCUUCUGGCAUAUCAGAAAAAUUUGUCCAACUGAAAGUGGUGACUACGGACAUUAUUGCUGGAUUUGUCAUCAAGAAGUAGCUGUUAAUGGUGUUUUUACAAAGCAAAGGCAGAUAUAAAUAUACUUAAAACAGGGAUCACAGGUAGGUUUCAAUUGCUCUAGAAUAAUUAGUCUUAUUAUAUAGUAAGUAAGAUGAGGCUUUAGAUAAUCUAAUGUACACGUAGAGUGUUUUAGAAGUAAGAAAUUAUUAGUGUUGUCAUCCAAAAUGGCUUGUUGCAACUGACAUAAUGUCAUACAUAUAUAUUUUAUUUCAACUCUGUGAUUGUAAUUGUU